CAAGUAUGGCAAGAUCGGAACAAAAUAUACAUCUAGCAGAACGCUUUCACAUUCGGUAGUCGGCGACGCGAUGGCAACAAAAAUCGUAGUUGUGCGUAACACUCGGUGCUGAUCACUUCUUCCAAAUCACAGUUUUGAGUUUAGUCACAUUGAUAUCUGAAAUUAAAGUUAUGUUAGUUACAAUGAGUGCGUUCCUUGUGUCAAUGGUUGAACUGUCAAACAUAUUUUCAGUUUUAGCACUUUUGAUAUGUUUUUGUGCUACGAUUUUAUUUAUAAUGAGCAGAAACAUGACGAUGUUCCGGCUGAACGGUGACGAGUUGAUGUUCGGCACCUCAGUGCACCACAUACAACAGCACAUUCCUCAAAUGAAGAUGAUGAAAGUGCACAUACCCUUCACCUUCAAGCUGCUAGAGUCCACUAAGCCAUCCUACUCGGGAUCACCCACAGGUAUGAGCUUCACGAGUUCUGGCAUCCAAACUGCAAUAAAUUUGCUAGAUUUGCAGUGUGUGAUAUCAAGUCAAGUUCCUUACACACUACAGGCCUUCUGGGGAGUUUCUAUCAGAGAGCUGCACCUUUUCCUAUGGAGACCUUGGAGUGUACUGCAAAAGGAAGUUGAACAAGGAAACUUACUGCAGGGUUUCUAUCAACAGAAGGGAGCAGUUGUACACAAGUCCAACCAUGGAGAUGAACUGUUUACACUGCACUUGCCUCAGCCAGAGCUUGACUUGGGUACUCCACCACGCCUGUGUUAUCCUCUGGUGGUUUUCCUGAUAAGGAAGGACAGUCACACAAUGCAUCCUGAUGAGACGGUGGCUUUAAUCAAUGUAAUUCACAUAAAGGAUUCUGUUUGUACAUUGCCAACAAGUAUUCUUGCUCAGUAUCUGAAGCAAGCAAAUGGUCAACUCUCCUGUUUGAAGCAAUUAUAUCUAGCAACUGGUAAUCCUCUCACCUACGAUGAUGAACAUCCUACACAGUCUCCUGCAGUAGUGUGUACAGAAGAUGAAGUAGGAUCAGUGUGGCAGUCUGCAGGGGAACAACUGUGUGUUGUAUGCCAACAUUUUCCCCUUUCAAGAGCUCUUCUACCUUGCCGCCAUACCUGCAUCUGUGCCAGCUGCUUUGGAAAACUUGAUCGCUGCCCAAUGUGUCGCAGUCCAAUACGCAGCUACUUUUGCAUACGAAGUGAAGAGUACAUGCCUGUUGAGCCAGGAAUCAAGCCAUCUGCAAAGAUGGCACAACCAAUGCGCUGGCUUCAUGAUCUCAAUGACCGCCUUACAGAUUUCUUAGGAUUUCAGCGGUGAAAUCUGUGGAGUGAAAAAGAUGUUACCAUUUGAACUGAAACUGCGAUUUGUGGUUAUGCACUACAGUUGUAAAAUAAAGGGCACAGUGUGCCUAAACUGUAAAUACCAUUACAUAAAGGUUUCUGCUGUGUAGAAAGAGGAGG